CUCCACUGGGCGUGUUUGAGUGCCAGCUCUGUGCCCUGACGGCUCCCUACAGCUAUGUGGGGCAGAAGCCCCCCGACACCCAGUCUGUCAUGUGGGAGUGAGGCCUGAGGACCGACUGCCCAGUGAUGCUGGAGCAGGAGCAGCCGGUGUGGGGCUGGCCCGGGCGUGCCCGCACCCAGCUUGUCUCCAUCCAAACCGCCCUCCUGGAGGAGAGCUAUGUCAUGAAGGACCCCUUCACCACGGACAAGGGCCGCUUCUUGGUGCUUGGGGCACGGUGCAGCGUGUGUAGCAGGCUGGUGUGCGUGGGCCCGGAAUGCAGCUUAUUCUACUCCAAGAGAUUCUGCCUCCCCUGUGUCCGGAAGAACGUUGGCGCGUUCCCGCAGGAAAUCCAGCGAGACACGGAGACAAGGACAGCUGCCUCCAAGAAGCCCUGCAGUCGGCCCUGACUGUGGAUGUGGCCUGGGGCUGGCCUUCCCCACUGCUCUGAGAGCGCCGCCUCCAGCCUGGGAGGCUGCAGGUGGACUGGAGGACACCCAGAGACAGACGUCAGGCCAGGGAGUGCAGCCAGAGCGGCAGGGCUGCCCCCAGGGCAAGGCCUGCAGGACGGAAAGCCUCUUCCUCGCUCAGUUACAAGGCCAGCCGUGCUGGGGCAGCACAGCCCGAGGCGGGCUGCCCUGUCACCGCCAUGUCCUCUCUCCAGGACAUCACAUCCAUUGCCUGCACUGGAGGCGGAAGUUUUCAUUAGAAUCUGCAUUUGAGGCCUGGGAAAUGCUCUACAUCUUGACCACGUACUGCAUUUAUCAAUAAAACCCCAAAGAACCA